GAAGGAUCUAUCCAGUUUCGGCUUAAUACCUGCCCUUUCACUCUCUCCUCUGAAUCAUUUAUAUUCAUCGUCCACAUCAAUCUACUCUCACAUCACAAAAAAAGCAAGCUUUCCCAAGCUCAAGAGCAUCCUACAAUUGAGAACUGCACGCAAUGAAUACCCGGUUCUUUGGCUUAAUCUGCUACGGCCUGGCAUUCAACCAAGUUUCUGGCUCGCCAGUUUUCAUUUUACGUCCUUUUCCGACGAAUCUGGCGAUCUACUAUCCGCUCCAAUCUAUCUUCGGGAGCGCAUUCAAAGACUUUGGAGACCGCGUCGUGGCCAACGACGUCACCGAACUGGUUGAUGACAUGAACCCGACUCUCAAUCUAGAAAAAGACGUCCAUCAUCCGAUGUAUGGAGGCUCGACUCCUGGAGGCUUCACUGCAGUCGACGAGGCUCUCAACGAAAGUGACCCGCAGGUUGCAGGACCUGCGCACGAGUCCCUGAAAAAUCUACGACACGAAACGAAAUCACAAGGGAAGGAAACAACAACCUAACUCAAAAUCGGCUUUGAAUUUCUGCGUCCCGUUUCCGCAUCAUAAUUAAGGUUGACUUCUGCGAGUAUCUCGCCCAACCACUGGCUUCAACGACUUGCUUCAACUGCAAACUACUCCCAAAAACAGAUCCUUUUAUUUCCAAAGCUAGCUCCUGUAAAACAUAUACACGAAUGGAUGUGAUCCAGAAAGGCUCUUCAAUCUUUUCCCCCUCUAUCUCAGCCAUCAUUCUAG